AUGCCUUUUCCUGAACCAAGAAAUAAAUUAAAAUACUCUGAUACUGAAGACGAGACGCCAUUAAUGGAUCACGACGAAUGGGCGGAGGAGAAUUCUUCGGCAGCACGCUCUUCCCGCCGUCGGCGGCCUCUUGUUACUUCAAAACCUUCGAAUAAUCCACGCUCUACUAAUCAACAGCAUAAAUCUCGAACUAUAUCCUUUCACGCGUCAGCCAAAAUCAAAGAUAAAUAUCCUCCGAAUGUAGUUAGAAAUCAAAAAUAUAAUGUGAUCACAUUUUUCCCGUUUGUUUUAUAUCAGCAGUUUCACAUUUUCAUCAAUCUGUAUUUUCUUCUGGUAGCCUUAUCGCAAUUUAUUCCACCACUAAAAAUCGGAUACAUUGUAACAUAUUUUGGACCUUUAUGUUUUGUUCUUCUUGUCACAAUUGGUAAAGAAGCCUAUGAUGAUUGGAAAAGAUGUAAACGUGACCAGGAAAAUAAUGCCCAGAAAUAUCAAAUUUUGACCAAGGACGGAAUUGUGUUAGUCCCAAGUUCGCGCAUAAGAGUCGGUGAUUUGGUUAUUAUACAUAAAGAUCAAAGAAUACCUGCCGAUUUAGUGCUAUUGCGAACUAGUGAGGCAAGUGGCGCUUGUUUUAUUCGGACCGAUCAACUGGAUGGAGAAACAGAUUGGAAAUUGAGGCUUGCCGUACCAUAUUGUCAAAAAUUGCCAACUGAUGAAAGUUUAUUAGAAAUUGACGCUGACAUAUACGCUGAUUUCCCUCAAAAAGAUAUUCACAAUUUCACUGGAAAUUUUUCAAAUAAUCAGCUUGGAGCCAUUACGCCAGUAGUCGAAGCUUUAAAUGUUGAAAAUACUCUUUGGAUGAAUACUGUCCUUGCUUCAGGGACUGCAAUUGGAUUCGCGAUUUACACAGGUCAAGACACGCGAGCAGUAAUGAACACUAGUCAUCCAGAAACAAAAACUGGCUUACUGGAUCAUGAAAUUAAUAGGCUAUCUAAAAUCCUGUUUGUUGUUACAUUAUUUCUUUCGCUUACCUUGAUCGCUUUGAAUGGGUUCCGAGGCUUAUGGUAUAUCUACCUAUUUCGAUUUUUGAUCCUUUUUUCAUCGAUUAUCCCAAUUGGCUUGCGUGUAAACUUAGACAUGGGUAAAACAGUAUAUGGACUACAGAUAAUGAAUGAUAAAGAGAUACCCAAUACUAUUGUUCGCACAAGCACAAUUCCUGAAGAGCUUGGGCGUGUUGAAUAUUUAUUGUCAGACAAAACUGGAACUUUAACCAAAAACGAUAUGGAGCUCAAAAAACUACAUAUGGGUACAAUAUCAUACGGUGUUGAUACAAUGGACGAGAUUUCUUCUCAUCUUGAAAUGGCCUUUGCACCUCGUCAUGAGCCCACUCAUACGCGGAAUACAUCUCGUAAUGCAAUCUCUGUAUCUGCUAAUUGGGUUGGGAAAAGUAGAAGAGAUAUUACUUCAAGAAUACGGGAUAUUGUAUUAGCACUCGCAUUAUGUCACAAUGUCACUCCAGUAAAUGAAGAUGGACAAGUCACAUAUCAAGCUUCUUCUCCUGAUGAAGUGGCAAUUGUUCGAUGGACAGAAAACGUGGGAUUGACGCUGGUAUUCCGAGAUGUGCAUGAAAUGCACCUUCGUACAUCCCACGGUGAAUACCUUGAAUUCUCGAUUCUCCAAAUUUUUCCUUUCACGAGUGAAACUAAGCGAAUGGGAAUCGUUGUUAAGGAAAAAAGCACUGGCGAGAUAAUUUUUUACGAAAAAGGUGCUGAUGUGGUUAUGACUAAAAUUGUAAAGUAUAACGAUUGGCUUGACGAAGAAUGUGGCAAUAUGGCAAGAGAAGGAUUAAGAACAUUGGUUGUUGCACGAAAACGUUUAUCCGAAGAAGCUUAUCAUGACUUUGAACAAAGAUAUCACGAAGCAAAAAUCAGCAUGAGUGAUCGAAAAGCCCAAGCACAAUCUGUUGUCUCUUCAAUAUUGGAACAUGAUCUUGAACUUUUAGGUGUUACUGGAGUUGAAGAUAAAUUACAAGAUGGCGUGAAAUCGACAUUAGAAUUUCUGAAAAAUGCAGGAUUGAAAAUUUGGAUGUUGACAGGUGAUAAGAUUGAAACAGCGACAUGUAUUGCUAUUUCUUCAAAAUUAAUUGACAAAAAUCAAUUUAUUCAUACAAUUUCGAAAGUAAGAAAUGUUGAGAUUGCAAUGGAUGAACUUGAUGCCUUGAACCCGGACUGUAGUUUAGUUAUUGACGGAGAAUCUCUUCAAAUUUAUUUAGAUCAUUACAGAAGUGAAUUUAUUGACCUCGCAGUUCGAUUGCCUAUAGUGGUAGCCUGUCGAUGCACGCCAACACAAAAGGCAGAAAUCACGCGACUCAUCAAAAAUUACACAAAAAAGCGAAUUUGUUGUAUAGGAGAUGGUGGUAAUGAUGUUAGCAUGAUUCAAGCCGCCGAUGUUGGCGUAGGCAUUGUGGGAAAAGAGGGCAAGCAAGCAUCCCUUGCUGCAGAUUUUUCUAUUACCCAAUUUAGUCAUCUAACUAAAUUGUUAUUAUGGCAUGGCAGAAACAGCUAUAAACGAUCAUCGAAACUAGCACAAUUUGUGAUCCAUCGUGGUCUAAUAAUAUCUGUUAUACAAGCAGGAUGGCUCAUAGUGGGAUAUUCUACAAUAUACACAAUGGCUCCGGUAUUUUCUUUGGUACUAGAUCAAGAUGUGAAUCAUAGAAUAGCUAUGGAAUUUCCCGAACUUUACAAGGAAUUAACAAAGGGACGAUCAUUAUCCUACAAAACCUUUUUUCAAUGGGUCAUGGUUAGCGUAUAUCAAGGCGGUGCUAUCAUGAUUAUGUCAAUCGUGUUAUUCGAGGAUCAAUUUGUCCAUAUAGUUUCCAUUUCAUUCACGUCAUUAAUUCUCAAUGAAUUACUUAUGGUCGCUUUGGAAAUUAACACAUGGCAUCCGUAUAUGAUAAUGUCCGAGAUUCUGACGUUAGCGAUCUAUUGCAUUUCGAUGGCCUUCCUGCCGACUUAUUUUGAUAUGUCUUUUAUUCUGACACCAACUUUUGUAUGGAAAGUCGCAUUGAUAACAGCCGUAAGCAGCAUGCCACUUUACCUUGUAAAGUAUAUCAAACGAAGAUAUGCUCCGCCUAUUUAUACCAAAUUAAAAUAA